AUGCGGUGGAUCGGUUACGUGGCCACAAUUCUCUGGUGGUCGGGCAUCGCCAGGUCCCUGAGCACGCUGAAUCGAGGUCACAGUCAUACUAAAAGACCAGGAUCCUCUGAAAUUUGGGAGAAAAACACUCAUAGCACAAAAAGGCCAGGAACCUCUGAAGUUUGGGAAAAGAAUACUCAUAGUACUAAAAGACCAGGGACUUCUGAAAUUUGGGAGAAGAACACUCAUAGCACGAAGAGACCAAGCUCUUCUGAAUCUUGGGAGAAAGAGUACCAAAGUACCAAGAGACCAGAAUUACCUAAUGUUUGGGAAAAAGGUUCUCAGAGCACUAGGAGGCCUGGAUCCUCUGAAAUUUGGGAGAAGGGAUCUCAAAGUACUAAAAGACCUGCAUCCUCUGACAAUUCGGAAAAGGGAUCUCAAAGCACGAAAAAACCUGUAUGGGAGGAGAAUAAUCAAGAUUCGAAGAGACCUGGUCAUCAUGACUCGAAUCUUCAAAAGCCGAGACCGGAAAGUGACCAACACACGGUUGUCAAAGAGAAAGACACGACGCACGAAGGCUUUCAAAAUCAUCAUCAGGGAUACAAAGAUAAGAUAGAUACGGGACUCAAUACAUUGGUGAUUAGGUUACCUGGAAAAGAGCAUGCGUCUAGCGAAGAUGAAGGCAUCAGGCCCAACAGGCCUAACAACCAAAGACCAUCCGAGUCGAGGCCCGACGAUAGUAAAACAGAGGACGGAGAUUUGAGCGUUCAGGAAUCGAUUCAUAGACCGAGUGUUAAUUCGGUUGAUGAAAAUGAAUCAGCCAAGGACCCUCAUCCGAGCUUGAACUUCAUUCACACGGAACGUCCACAAUGGGCUACCAAACCGGUAUCCCCUAAACCGACCACAGACUUCUCGAAACCGUACUUCUCGAUCAAGACGACAACCUAUCGGCCGAUCCUGAUGAACGAGCAACCGGAUACCAGGCCGAACUUCGUCUCGAAACCCAAUGGUCCGAGCACAGCCGUGAAAACUUCGACCACAAUCAGACCGUCACACUUGAGCGGCCAAUCCACCACCAGCGCAGCCGGAUCCUUGCCACAAACCUCUCACUGGCAUGUGACCACUGAACCGGUGUUCGUCACGAAGCAGAGACCUUCCUUGUCCACCAAGCCGAUGAGCUCGCUCGAGACGGUCAAACCGUUGACCAGCAACUCCCAUUUCUGGUCGGAGAACAGUUGGACACCACCAAGGCCGUCCUUGAAACCGCAUUGGACGGAUAAUCCUAGCCUCCUUCAGAAUGGGCCUGAAGCGUUUCCACCACGGCCAAGCUUCAAACCAACCGAACCACAAGAAAACACGGAGUUCCACAAGCCGCUCGGCGCCGCGCAUUACAUCACCACGUCCCACUUCGAGACCUCCGCAAGGCCCAGACCCACGAAGAAAACCACCACGUCCACCACGACCACCACCAGUACCACCACCACCACCACCACCACCACCACGACCACGACUACGACGACAACCACCACGACACCAAAACCUGAUACGACCGUGUCCACGACCGAGGCGGUCGCGAAAACUGGAUCGGUGUUGACCGUCUCGGCCGCAACCGAGAGCAAGGGCAUGCAGUGCGGGGUACCGCCUCUGUUUCCACGACCCGAGACCAGGAUCGUUGGAGGCAAGGACGCGCCGUUCGGUCGAUGGCCUUGGCAGGUAUCCGUCAGGCGCACCUCGUUCUUCGGCUUCUCGAGCACCCAUCGAUGCGGCGGCGCGGUGCUGAACGAGAACUGGAUCGCGACCGCGGGACACUGUGUCGAUGACCUGUUGACCUCGCAGAUCCGGAUCAGAGUAGGCGAGUACGAUUUUUCGUCCGUUCAAGAGCGAUUGCCGUACGUGGAACGCGGCGUGGCCAAGAAAGUGGUCCAUCCGAAGUAUAAUUUCUUCACGUACGAAUACGAUUUGGCGUUGGUUCGAUUGGAAAGCUCGUUGACCUUCGCUCCGCAUAUCUCGCCGAUCUGUCUUCCUGCCACUGAUGAUCUUCUGAUCGGCGAGAAUGCGACCGUCACCGGUUGGGGAAGAUUGAGCGAGGGUGGCACCCUGCCAUCCGUGUUGCAAGAGGUUUCCGUGCCCAUAGUGAGUAACGAUAGGUGUAAGUCAAUGUUCCUGAGGGCUGGGAGACACGAGUUCAUACCGGACAUUUUUCUUUGCGCCGGAUACGAGAGCGGGGGCCAAGAUUCUUGCCAGGGAGAUUCGGGUGGACCUCUGCAAGUGAGAGGGAAAGACGGCCGAUACUUCCUCGCGGGCAUCAUAUCCUGGGGAAUCGGAUGCGCGGAAGCGAAUUUACCAGGGGUGUGCACGAGGAUCUCCAAAUUCGUCCCGUGGAUCAUGAAGAACGUCACUUGACCCCGUUUCCGAUCCAUCAUCUGGUCCUCGUCGACAGAUUGACGAACCGAUUUGCCGGUGUCCGAGCACAUAAAACGUAACUCCAAACGUUUCUUCGGAUAUUUCCAAGCAGUAACAGAGAGAAUCGGCAACGAAUCACUGCCAAAUAAGACGUAAGACUUAUUGUCGAAAGUAAAAAAGAACGAGGCUCGUAACACGAAGAUUCUCAUUCCUCCUUUGAAGAUAAAUGUAAAAAAAAAAAAGAAACGAGAAUGGUGUGAAGGAAAUGAGAGUUUGUAUCGUAUCGAACAACGUAUCAUAGACAGAGGUUUGAGAAACUGCUGUCUCAAAGACUGCCGCUUUGAAAGCGAAGCCAAUCGAACACAGAUCGCGCGAGGCUGUGGAAAUGAGAGAUCGUUCUUCAAGAACGAUGAACAAACUCGCGCUCAACCAGGACUGUAUUUAUAUAUAAAUAUAUAAAUAUAAAUAAGAUAAUAUAUAUAUAUAUAUAAAAUAUAUAUAUAUUUUGAACGAGCUGUUGGCUCGUCUGUCAGUUUUUGCCAGCCUGUACAUGAAUAUAUAAAAAAGAAGAGAAUUAAGUUGAAAUUGGCUUGACGUUGAAAAGGCCUGAGGAAAGGACUAAUAAUGAAUAAUUAAAUGAUACCGGCAGUUUCAACAGCAAGCCCAUGAUUAUACAUUUAUCUAUCAAGUUGUAUAGCGAAUUUUGUAAAAUGCUAAAUUCUUGCCCAUCGCCUCUAAA